AUGACUGCUUCACCCAUCGUUGAUCACACUCUAAAGCCAGGCACUACAACACAUUCGACAGAGUCCCGCGUCGAAAAGCCAACUCUCAGUGAGUACGAGUCGCCCUAUGAUCACAACGUUCUUCCGAAACACCAUGACCCCAACUGGACAGGCGACGGCGUGGACACGUCCCACGUGGACCCCAGCAAGACACUCCGCAAGAUGGACUUGCGCCUGAUCCCGAUGCUGGCAGUGCUAUAUCUGCUCUCCUUCCUCGAUCGGGGCAACAUUGGCAAUGCGAAGAUUCAAGGCAUGGAGGAGGAUCUCCAGCUCACAGGUGAUGAAUACAACUUGUGUGCCACGGUCUUCUUUUUCACUUACUGUGUCUUUGAAAUUCCAUCCAAUUUGCUCCUCAAGCGCUUCAGACCGUCUGUGUGGCUGCCCGGUAUCAUGGUUGCUUGGGGCACAGUUAUGACCUUGAUGGGUCUGGUGCAAAACUACCACGGCUUGUUGAUUGCGCGAAUCUUCCUCGGCGUGACUGAAUCCGGACUCUACCCUGGCGUUGCUUACUACCUGACCAUGUGGUACUGCGUUGACGAGCUUGCAUUCCGCCAAGGGCUUUUCUUCAGUGCGGCGAGCGUGGCUGGAGCUUUCUCGGGUCUCCUUGCCUAUGCCAUCGCCAAGAUGGACGGAGUCGGUGGCUACGAAGGCUGGCGAUGGAUAUUCAUUCUCGAAGGCCUUUUGACCGUCGUGGUAGCCGUGGCUGCGUUCUUUCUGCUCCAUGAUUUCCCCGACACCGCGAAAUUCCUGACCACGGAAGAGAAGGCAUGGGUUGUCCAUCGAUUGAAGUACCAGGGCAGCAAAAAGAGUGGAAGGGCAAUCGCCGAGAGUGACCACUUUGAAUGGAAAUAUGUCACGAAAGGCAAGUACAGCCACAUAGCACUCACCGACUGGCAGCUAUACCUGUCCCUUUUAAUGUACUGGGGUAUCGUCUGCCCUCUUUACGGCAUUUCGCUUUUCCUCCCGAGCAUCAUCAAGCUACUAGGCUAUCGGACAACAACUGCACAGCUCCUGACGAUCCCAAUCUACAUCUCGGCCGCCAUCCUCGCCAUCAUCGUCUGCUGGUUGUCCGAUGCAGCUACUAAGCGGGGUGCCUCACGAUGGCCGUACAUUUUCGUCCCGAUGUGCGCCAUCCUCGUCGGGUUCAUUAUCGCUAUUUCUAGCUCUGCAGUAGGUGGUGUCCCGGGCGUGGUGUAUGCCGGCGUCUUCAUCGCGACUUGCGGGAUCUAUCCCGCUUUCCCUGGCAACGUCACCUGGAUCAGCAACAAUCUUGCAGGGAGCUACAAACGAGCCGCGGGAAUGGCGUUCCAAAUCGGCUUGGGAAACCUGGGAGGGGCAAUGGCAAGCAAUUUUUAUCGCAGCCAGGACGCUCCCAAAUACUUGCUGGGCCACGGCUUGGAAAUUGGCUUCGUGGUCUUGGGAAUGGCCGCUGUCGUCAUCCUGAGGAUCUGCUAUGGACGUAUCAAUGCGAAACGCGAGAGGGGUGGAGAGGAACAGGGUCUCACGGACGCGCAGCUUUCUGACUUGGGUGACAGGAGCCCGACUUUCAGAUACACUCUGUAG